AGUCUGCUGCAGAAAACAGGUGAUCGCCACAAAGUUGUCAGAGGGGUCCGGAUAGUGCAAUUACUAAAUAAGAAAAUAUAAAAUAAAAUACAAGAAGGAGAGUAAAAUAGUGGCAGUCCUUAUAUCAUGAUGGAUACAGACCAUGUAAUCUAAUUUCAAGUUCUCAUGAAUAUAUAAGACAAGGAGACGUGAUAUUGAACACAUCAUGCCAUCAACAGCUAUGCAGUUUUAGAUAAUAUAUGGUUAAUGUAGUUUAAAUUGAAUUAAGCAGCAACGACAGCACCCUUUAAAUCAUUUUUGUAUAAGCUGAGAUGUGACUACAGUCACUGUUCAGUCUGAAGAUCUUUGAAACAACAAAGUCUUUACGUUGUCCUUAACGUUUUGGUUGAGUGGAACAUUUCAGACUAUUGUGGACGCGUUUCUAGUCGGACAACGUUAAAUGUGUGCUCCCUAAGAUGAGAAGUCGGUAGUAGGGAAGGGUAAACUCACGUGCACAAAACAUGAAAAACACGAAAAAGCACAACAAUGUGUUCAAAAAAGCGAAAUUCAAGCCAGGAUCGAAGAAAAGAGAAAACAAAUGCAUCGUAAUGUUUGACGACAAAGACAGGCAGGACUACCUCACUGGUUUCCAUAAGCGAAAAGUGGAAAGGAGGAAAGCAGCAGUGGCAGAAAUUCGAAAGAAAAUCAAGGAAGAGCAGAUUAGAGUCCGAGAAGAGAGGCAUAAGGAAUUUAUGAAGAUGCUGAAGGAGAGGACAGAAGCUCUAGAGGACAUUGACGAUGAUCUGGAAGAUGUGAUAACCAGUACAACAGAGUCUGUACAGUACGAUCACCCAAACCACACUGUCACCGUGACAACCAUCAGUGAUCUUGACCUCACUAGGGCUCACCAGCUUGGACCUGCAGCAGUUGAGGUUAAUAAGGAGAGCAAGGAUGAAGAAAAGGGGGAGGAAGAGGAGAAGAAAACCAAUGCAAUGCCAAGAAAAGCAGGGAACCCAAUCAUGAACAAAAAGAUCCGCUCCCUAACAGCGUCGCUCAACGCUUACACCAGCAAGCGGAAGAGGAAAGGGAAGCAGGAAGGCCGAGGAGGACGAGGCUGUCCGACAGACAAGAGACCUGGUGUUACAGAGAUUAAAAGGAGAGCUGGGAGGACCAGCAAGUCGCAGAGACGUCGACAGACUGGAAAGAGGGUGCAUCAUCAGGACUGAAAGAGUGUGUGUCUAAAAAUACAAUAUAAGGUCUGACCUUGGAAGAGACUUGACUUCUUGCGUCAGAUUUAUGCUCCUGUGUUUGAGCGGGACAAGCGUGUGCUGAAAAGUUUGUAAAAUUAACACAAGCUGAUGUGGACACUCAGUGUCUACAACGUGUUGUUCCUGCCGCUUGAAAUCUUGUGCCCAAAUUUGUACAUUUUUCAAAGUAAAACUGUUUUUUUAGAUUUAUUUAAUAAAACAAACUUUACUGUAUUUACUGAAAUUUUGAUUAAAUGAUUAAUCUUG